AUUGCAGAUGAUUUAUGAACUGUGAAGGGCGCUCAGGGUCCGAUGACUGUGGUGGCCACUCAGAGCCCGAGUGAAAGAUAAAUUUGGCCGGAGGCCUCGUCCAUGGCUGCCCGACGUCUGCGCGAGGCUGGCUGGAAAUACAUGGACAGUUACAUGCAUCCCAGUGCCGCAGAUAGGAAUAAUAAUAAAUAAUUAACACGCUCCACAGUGGCACCCUGCCACCUAGCCCCCAAAUAUUGAAAUUAAAGACAAUCAGCAGCUGAGACACGGCCCGUCCCCCAGCGCAUGUCUGCGCUGAGGGAGAGAGUCUAGCCUCUCCAACCCGACCACUCACCUCGCAGAACUAAAUAUAAACCGCUCAGCACUCAGUCACCUGGAUAUGUACCCUGGAACCUGCCGAUUCCCUUUUCUCAGCUAAGAGUGAAAUUCCCUAGUUCUGACUCCAGGUUGUGGUGCGUCGCCCUAACAGCUUGACUAUGAGCCAGUCUGACCCAGCAGGAAAUAAUGAUGCCAGCCAACUGGCCUUGUGCUCCACUUGUGGCCAACCACACUCGCCAGAGGAAAACCACACGUACAGCUACCAAGAAGAAGUGGAUGAUGACAUCAUCUGCCGCAUUUGCCUGCAACCUUUGAUCCUUCCAAUCGAUACCCCGUGCGGCCACACCUACUGCACUGUGUGUCUUACAAACUUCUUGCUGGAGAAGGACUUCUGUCCAGUGGACAGGUCACCCCUAAUGCUUCAGACCUGUAAAAACUCCAGUAUCUUGGUUAACAAACUGCUGGAUAAGCUGCUGGUUACUUGCCCUUUAACAGAACACUGUUCAGAAAUCCUACAGAGAUGUGACCUGGAGCCUCAUUUAAAAAACAGAUGUAAAGGAGCUUCACACUAUGGCCUCUCUGGAGAGCGAAAGCGACGCUCUCAGGAUGACGAUUGCACAGACUGCACAUCAGAGCUCAAUGUAGCCGCCCUGCCCUCAGAUCUCCCAGCCUCCGCAGCUGUAGCCUUAGUGAUUGACGACCCAGGUCUUGUUAACCCUGCCUUUGACCCAAGCGUGGAAGACAGCCAGUCAGACAACAGUAGCCUUCCCGCCAGAUCUAACACCAAAAAAAUCCGCAAUUUUGAUCGUUCUGCCAUGAGAAGCAGGUCUUUCAAACGGUUAAACCGAGCGUUCAGUGUCCUCCGGCGAACCAAAAGUGGGACUGCCGUUGUCAACGAGAGUGCCGAGGAAAGGGACAAUGAGAGGAAUGCGAACGUUCCCGAGGAAGUUUUGGCACUCCCACAGCUGCAUCACCUGAUCCCUGGUGGUGAAAUCACCAGCAUCAAGAUCUGCCGUUCUAACCCCAGUGAAGCACUGGCCAUCAGUAUUGUGGGGGGCAAUGAGACCCCCUUGGUCCGAAUCCUCAUUCAAGACGUGUAUCGAGAAGGGAUCAUUGCCAGGGAUGGGAGGUUGUUGCCGGGAGACAUGAUACUAAAGGUGAACGGUAUAGACAUCAGCAACGUGCCUCACUGCUAUGCCUUGACGGUCCUUAAGCAGCCUUGCCAGCUGUUGAGACUGACUGUGCUUCGCGAGCAGAGGCACAUGUACCGCAACAGUGGGCUGUUCUAUCAUGAUAACUACAGUACCAGGGGCGACAGCUUCCAUGUUAUCUUGACCAAGAGAUGCCCGGAGGAGCAGCUGGGGAUUAAGCUGGUUCGGAGACCAGACGAACACGGAGUGUUUAUCUUUAAUCUGCUGGAAGGUGGCAUGGCGGCGAGGGAUGGGCAGCUUCAAGUGAAUGACAGAGUACUUGCCAUAAAUGGGCAUGACCUUCGCCAUGGGUCUCCAGAACAUGCUGCCUUGCUGAUACAGGCGAGCCAGGAGAGGGUUCGAUUUAUUGUGUCACGGCAGACCCGACACCAGACCCCUGACAUCCUGCAAGAGGCCCGGUGGAACACGAACAGCAGCCCCCCUCCUUACCCCACGGAGGAGAGAGACAGCGCCAGCAAGAAUGUGCUCCAUAACUUCACCUGCCAAGAGAAGAUUGUAAGCUUGACUAAGGAGCCCCAUGAGUCUCUCGGCAUGACGGUGGCAGGGGGAAAGCUGAGCAGAGGCUGGGACCUGCCCAUCUACAUCGCCAGUGUGGAUCCUGAUGGAGUGGUGGGAAGUGAUGGCAGAAUAAAGAAAGGUGAUUUUUUGCUGAGUGUAAAUGGCAUUGAGUUAUUGGGUGUCACACGCAAUGAAGCAGUGACCAAACUUAAGAGCAUGUCCUCCGUCGUGGUCCUCAGAGCCUUGGAGAUAAGGGAAUGGGACGACAGCCAAGCCCACAGCCAGUCGUCUUCUGAUGCCAAUGAGAACCUCAGCAGCAACAAUGAUGAUUGGUCACCCUCCUGGGUCAUGUGGCUCCGACUGCCAAGGUACCUCUACAGCUGUAAGGACAUAGUAUUAAGGAGAAAUACUUCUGGGAGUCUUGGGUUCAGUAUUGUUGGAGGCUAUGAAGAUUCUAAUAUAAACCAGUUGUUUUUCAUCAGAACUGUUGUUGAAGGGACGCCAGCUUACAACGAUGGCCAGAUAAGGUGUGGAGAUUUGCUGUUGGAAGUUAAUGGGAAAAGCACAUCAGGAAUGACUCACUCCUCACUGGUGAGGAUGCUUAAAGAAUUGAAAGGAAGAAUCACGUUAUCAAUUGUGUCCUGGCCUGGCAGCCUGAUAUAGAAGACAUAUUGGUAUAAUCUCUGAAGAGACAAACACCUAUUUACACUUGCUUUCUUCGUCUGGGGUUCAUCGCAGCGUACCGAAACCUACCUGAAACUUUAUUGCAUCGCAAGGAAAAUACAUGCAGAACGCUGUAGAAGGAUUCUGCAACCUUUGAGGAGACAACAUUAAUGGCCGGGGGAAAGACUGGGAUUAGACACGUGUUGCCAAUUACCUAGUUUAUACACAAUAGAAUAUGCAUUUGAUUGGACUCUCACGUUUAAAUACAUGUUGCAGUCUGAUACUACCGAUUCAAGCACUUGUAUUUACUUUUCUUUAUUUUGUUAUUUUAAAAUGGCCUUUUAACAAUGGCUCAAUUGUUGUCCACACUGGAGUUGUUAAACUGUCAUUAUAUGUUAAGAACACAGACUGACACUUGGCAUAUUAUUAACCAACGUUGUAUGUUUCUGACUCAGUUGCAACUUUCUUAUACAACCCCAGUAAAUGCGUUCAUAUAAAUUUGUGAAAAAGUGAUGUUAUCAUGGGGGCCUUAUUGAUUUUCAUACUCUUUGCUGUAUAUUUCUGUGGAAGUUAAACUGUAGAGGAAUUAUGUAUCUGGUCUCUACUUUCGGUUGUUUUACAUGCUUGAGCAUGUGUAACAUUUCUGAUGGUACCUUUGGUAAAAAAUAAAUAAAAGUUAUUUCAUGGAUAA